CCUUAGCUUUUCUUUCCCUCCUUUUAUCCGCCGUUCGAUCAGUGGGCAACUUCACUCCUUUGUUGCUCCUAGUGGUCCAUUCGUUUCAGUCGUCCUCGUUUUCACUUGGCCAUGUAUCCACGUACCGUUCUCUCAGGUCUGCUGUUGGGAGCAUUGCCGUUCCUGACGUCAGCACAAGAUGACGUGACCGUCGCAAGCCUACCACCAAAGCCUUAUCCACCAACAGGCGACUGCACUGGUGUGAAAGGCAUCAGCCCAAAAUGUAGCAGCCAAGAAUCUGCGUACCAGCGAGACUUCUUCUACAUCGGCGGUGGCUAUGUCGACUCCGGCAUCCCGGGUCAGCAGAUGUGGAGCGACCAACUCUACGUCGAAAAGCUGACGCCCGCCCAAAAGGUCAACAAGCCUUACCCGAUGGUCUUCGUCUCCGCGGGUGUCAACACAGGCGCAGAAUGGCUAAAUACGCCCGACAAUCGCAAGGGCUGGGCUUCCUACUACCUUGACCAAGGGUACCAGGUCUACAUUGUUGAUCUCGCUGCCAACGGCCGAAGUGGGCAGCAGCUCCUCUCAAAGUACCCUCUACGCAUUGGUUCCACAGACAUCAUCAAUGAGCAGGGCUUCACAGCCCCGGAAGACUUCGACCAGUACCCACAGGCAAACGUACAUACACAGUGGCCCGGCAACGGAUCUCGUGGAGAUCCCGUUUUUGACGCCUUCACUGCCGCCAACGUUCCUAUCUCUUCAUCUAAUGUGAACGUGGAGAACACUAUGCGCACAUCUGGAUGCCAGCUUCUCAGCAUGAUUGGCCAGUCAUACACAGUCUGCCAUUCUGCUGGUUGCACUUAUACAGCAAUCUGGUCAGACGCAUGCCCUGAUCUGCUGCGUGCCAACAUCAACAUUGAGCCUGGCAACAUCCCAUUUACUUCUUUGAUCGGAAACGCCACCGUUGCUGGGGUCGGUCGUACCGCUGCUCGGCCUUGUGGUCUCACAUACACAUCGCUGCAGUACGAUCCACCAGUAACGAACUGCUCGACCAUCACCACCGCUGAGGUUGGACCAGACGACCCGGCCAAGCGCUCCUGCAUUCUCCAGACUGGCACCAUCCACAAGCUCACCCAGCUCAGCAAAGUGCCUUACAUUAUGAUCACGGGCGAGGCCAGCCCGCAUAUCACGUACGACCAUUGCUUCGUCGAGUACUUCAAGCAGAUGGGUCUCACCAACUACCAGUGGAUCAAGCUUGCCGACAUUGGUAUCAAGGGCAAUGCGCAUUUCAUGUUUCUGGAGAAGAACAACCAGGAAAUCGCCGCGGCGAUCAACUACGGUCUCGGUAAAUUGAACAGAAACCCAGCUGCUCCAGGUCAUCCAAGCCUUCCCAUCUCAUUCAGAUGAUAGACGUAGCUUGCAAUAAUUGCCACUAGCGAAUCUAAUUCUGUACUUAUAUAUUAGAGGUCGUAUCGCGGCUGAGGCAUACGUAGAGGAUAUCGUUUGCUCGACCCCACCCAGCCGCGCAGGAGAGAACAUGGCCUCUCACGUAAAGGUGGACACCGGAGAUAAUGUAUUAUGUUGAAGUUCGAGACACAUAUAGUAACCUAAGUUACACUAGGCUUCACUAUCAA